AUGUCAUCACAUACGUUCGAUCAGCACGAGCGCGAAAACACCGUCUCUUCCUCAUCCACCGCCGACUCUUCCACACUUCCCACCGGCUCACGCGAGAACGAGCAACACACCAGCACCACAACCUCGCAUCCAUCAGAUUCGCAUCGCGACGCUUCCUCGUCCACUUCCACCGCCACGGCUCUUCCCAAUGAUCCAUCCAUCACCAACGCCGCUCCUUCCGCAUCCUUGGCUACGCGUCGCGCUGGCCGCGUCCACUGGGACGGCUCCUCCAACGCAGCCAGCUUACGUCGCGGCGGUCAGCUUCAGAUUCGUUCCGGAGGCGCGCUCGCAGGUCCAACCGUCACCGUGAGAGGCGCCGCUCCAUCUCAGGCCCAAACUCGACAAGGCCUCAGCCUCGGAUCCGUGCGCCGCAAUCAUCAUCCAGGCCCGCUCAACAUUGCAGAGCGUCUCACUCCUCAGAACGAAAUGCCCGCGUCGUCGUCCUCUCCGCCUCUUCCCAAACCCUCCGCUGCUCCCGCCGCAGAGGCAUCCACACAGGCUGCCGCCACAACAGCCCAAAAGAUCCCCACCCUCUCCCUCACCGGCGCCAAGGGCCUCGACGAACAGGGUCUCGACAAUCGCGCCUUUCUCGAGCUUCAGCGUGAGCUUCAGAGGCACGAGGCUCUCAGCGACGAUGGCGCAAGUCACCUCAGCUGGCAAGAAAACGACCGCACUCAAGACAGCGCAGGUCGCGAUCGCCUAGCACAGGUCUUUGCCGAUCGCGAGCGAGAUCGCGAAGAACGUCGCAGACGACAGCGCACAGCAGACGCCAACGGCACCGACACCCCCGCCACCUUUGGCGAUGUCAGCGGCGCAGCCACUCCCGGAUCCGCCACCAGCGACAGCAGCUACGAUCCCGCCAACGACUCGGACCUCGACCACAUCGACCUCGUCGCGGGCGAGACCGACGGCAUGCCUUCGCGCAUCAAAAAGCCCAAGGAUCACACCGCCGACGCCGACGACCAGCCCAAAGGCUGGGCAAAGCUUCGCGGCAUCUUUGGUCGUCCACCACCCGACGACGAGGAUCAGGAAGAAAAAGGCCAAGUUCCUGCCCCCAUCCUCGACCGGGCCGCUGCCAAGGCUCAGGACGAAGGCGGCCCCACCAACUGGAAGUCGGUCCCCGUAGAGACCUCCAGCGGUCUUCAUACCGGCGAUGGGCCCCGACGUCGUCCCAACAAGUUUGAGCGCGAGGCAGCCAGGCUCGUCCAACAGCACAAGCUUGCUCAGCAGCGUCAGGAGGCCCUCGACCGCAUCGGCCGAUCCCACCUCCCCGACACCGGUGCCACCACGCCUGACCCCAUGGAGACCACCAUGAACAUGGACGCGCGCCCCGUCGCUUCCGGCGGCGUCCUCGGCAACCUCUUGCGCCUCUACGAGCAGCAGCAGCGCGACAUCUCGGCCAGGAGCGCCGCCACCAGCUCCGUCGCCAGCAACAGCGAGUACAAUCCCGACGGCGACGGCAGGCCGCUCUUUGGCAACCACGAGACGGCAGAGUCGAUCCAGGCAAAGCUCGACUCGCCAGGCUUUCAGCGCAAGCUCGAGCGCUACGAAAAGCGUCGCGGCAUGUCGCUCCACAACAUUGGCCUGCCCAGCCCCAACCUCACGCAGACCUUCGCCAAAGUCGGCACCGCCGCCGUCUCCACCUCGUCCAAGGUCAUGCGCGGCGUCGCCAACGAGACGGGCAUCGAGAGUGCGCUCGACGAAAGACCCAAGGCGGCCAGGAGCGGCGCAGGCGUGUUUGGUGCGCUCGUAGCCACCACGGGCAACCUCGUCGGCGCCGUCUCGCCGCAGCAUGCACAGCUCGGCCCCAACCCAAAGCGUCCCGGCUGGUCGCUCGACCGCUACCUCUUGCCCGAGAUGAAUGCAAAGACGCUCAAGCGCACCGCACAGAUCGUCGCCGACGCAGCCCCCACGCCGUACCGUCGCAGCAACGUCGGUUCUCCGCUCGCUUCGCGCAGCCACUCGCUCCCCACCAGUCCUGAUCCCGAACGUCGCGACAGCUCCACCCAGGCCAACUCGCCCUCCGCCUCUGGCCACGCCACUCCGCACAAGAAGCGUCCGAGCUCGAUCAUGCACCUGCCCACGCGCUCCCACACGGGCGGCAGCUCGGUCGACGGCCACGGCGCCAUCGCAAGCGGCGGCAUCCGCAAGCGCCACCUCAUCCCGGGCGCCAUGUCGCGCGCAUGGACGCACUCGAACCUCAACACGCCCGACGUCAAUGCCGGCCUUGGCCCCGACUACUUUGGGCCCGAGGCGGAAAAGAUGCACUCGGACUACCACAAGCAAGAGUGGCAGCGCAAGCUCAAGAAGCGCGCCAAGGACAAGAAGCGCAAGGAGGAGAUCUUUAUCACCAUGCACGUCGCCGCCAUCCUGCAGCGCCAGCAGUUUAUCAUGAAGCUCGCGCGCGCGCUCAUGAUGUUUGGCGCGCCCACGCAUCGCAUCGAGACGCAGAUCCAGCAGACCGGACGCGUGCUCGACAUCAACUGCCGCUGCAUCUACCUGCCCAACCUCAUGCUCAUUGCGUUUGGUGACGACACCACACACACUUCCGAGACCAAGUUCAUCAAGCAAGGCUCCGGGCUCGACCUCACCAAGCUCACCGACAUGCACACUAUCUAUUGGAACGUCAUCCACGACAAGAUCGGCGUCGAGGAGGCCUCGAACCAGCUCGACGAGCUCAUGCGACGCAAACCCAUCAUCGGUCGAUGGCCCAUGGUGUUGAUCGGCGGAUUCGCAUCGGCGUUUAUCUGCGUCGGUCCGCAAGGGUUCAACGGCAGCUUUAUCGACGCGCUCAUGGCGUUUCCCCUGGGUGCGUUUCUGGUGUACUGCCAGUCGAUCAUCACCACCGAGCUGUACAGCAACGUGUUUGAGAUCGUCUUUGCCACGCUCAACUCGUUUGUCGCCGCAGCGGUGCAGAGCUCGGGCUACUUCUGCUAUGCCGCCGUCGUGUCCGGCUCGAUCGUGCUCAUCCUGCCCGGCUUUAUCGUGCUGAGCGGCUCGCUCGAGCUGCAGUCCAAGAACUUGAUCGCAGGAUCGGUUCGGUUAGUAUAUGCCAUCAUCUACUCGCUCUUUCUUGGGUUUGGCAUCUCGAUUGGCGUUUCGUUCUGGCAGCUGUUUUCGAGCAAUACCUCGACCGAGGGGUUCAACAAUUGCAGCUUGCCACAUACGGAUCAGUGGUGGAGGUCGGACGUAGCCGAGAUUUGGGCGAUCUUGACGGCGCCGGCGUACUCGAUCUGUUUGUCGCUGCGCAACCAAGCCAAGGUUACGCGCAAAGAGUUUCCGGUCAUGGUGCUCAUCGCGUGUGGCGGGUGGGCUUGCAACCACUUUGCUGCCAAGGCGACUGCACUGUCGCGACGACAGGACGUCACUGCCGCGCUGGGAUCGCUGGCCGUAGGCACCAUGGCCAACAUUUACGGGCGCAUCUUUGACGGGCGCAGCUUUGUCGUGUCGGUGCCGGGUAUCCUGUUCCAGCUGCCAAGUGGUCUGUCGAACGGCGGUGGACUGCUCAACUUUGCGAGCAACCAGGACUCGACUUCCGCCUUUGCGUCUGGUUUCACCGUCGCACAGUCGCUCGUCGAGGUAGCCCUCGGUCUGACGGUCGGUCUAUUCGCCAGUACCGUGCUGUCGUACCUGCUCGGCGGCCGAAAGAUGCGCAACGGCGGCGGUCUCUUUAGCUUCUAG